AACAAAAGAAAUCCCAAAAAACCCAAAAAGAAAAAAAGCAUCUUCAUGAAGAGCAUCGGCAUGCAAAAAACAAAAACCCUCCGGACGGACCUGCAGAGUUACAGGAUUUUUUACGCAUACACAUUUGGCCCCAAAAAUUCUCCUCUAUAUAUACGUUUCCACGCGCCUCCUUAUCGGUCCCCCCCCCUCACAGACCGGUUUUCACAUCACCUUUUCAUUAUGUCAUCUUAUUUACCGGAAUCAUCUCAUAUGUUUUUGUAACGUCCUGUUCCUUGCAGUCCCCUUGUUUUUCCUUCACCUUUUGCCCAUAUGCCCAUUUAUGGAUUUUCCUCCCCUUAGUUCCCCGGGACCCAGGCCCGGGAGCCCAGGCCUGUGACCCUGGGUCUUCUUCAUUCGCCAUAACAAUUAUGCCUAAACAACAAUUUUUGUUAUUAAAAAGUGUGCUCAAAAAAGAGCUUCACUCCCUGGUCAAAGUUACAUUUGCCUCUCAGUUUUUUUCCGUGCCAGACGUCCUGAAGAUUUAAUCCUUCAUUCAACUACAAUGGAUCCCUCGCAUCAGCCAGCUAGUCGCCCUAUCAGGUCCACACCUCACCAUCCUCGUCCGUCUCCCUACCCAAGGCCAAUGGCCGCUGAUGUCAUGGAAAGCUAUCGCCGCUUCCAGCUACUUCAUAUCACCCAUGAGCUCGUUACGUGUCUGGAACAGCUCUGUUCUCCUGACCUCCCCGAGCAUCCUCAUCUGCUGUUCCAUAUUGUGAGAGGGCCUCUUACUAGCACGUCCUCGACUCAAACCCCUCUGCCUAACCUCGUGGAUCAGAGAACCCAAACUGAUGGCUGUCCUCAUGUUGAGCUUUGCAACCCUGAGCUCGGGACUCCCGCUUCUCCUCCUCCUCCAGUGCCUCAUGCCUAUAUCCGUCCUCUCAGUCCUGCCUUGGCAUCUCCUCCCUCUGAUUCCGGCCCUGGAACCCCAGAUUACAUUCCUUCUUCUCCCUCUGAUUAUGGCCCUGGAUCCCCAGACUAUUCCCCUACUUCGCCCUCCGAUUACUGAGAAUGUUUAUAAUAACCAAUAAACCUAUAACCAUU